AUGGAAGAGAUCAGGAAACAAAUAGACGUUGGUGAUUGGCAUUCAAAUCUCUCUCAAGAUGAAUGGACAUUACUCCCUGUUCCUGGCUCUCGAGUAUCAGCUCGAUUCUUGGUGGUUUCAGUGGUUAAGCAUUUUAUUGAUUUGGAGAUGCAGCAUGCGGCAGUAGUUGUUGAUGAGAAGCUAUACAUUGUUGGUGGAAGCCGUAAUGGUCGAUAUUUAUCUGAUGUUCAGGUGUUUGAUCUUAGAAGUUUGACUUGGUCUAGUUUGAAACUGAAAACUGAAUCUUCAAGUGGUGAGAACACUACUGAGGAGGAAGAUGUUAGCUUACGGGAAGCUUUUCCUGCUAUUUCAGACCACCGUAUGAUCAAGUGGGGAAACAAGCUUCUUCUGAUCGGGGGUUACUCCAAGAUUUCGUCAGAUAAUAUGUCAGUGCAGUUCAUCGAUUUGGAAACUCAUCUUUGUGGAGUCAUUAAUGCGUCGGGAAAUGUUCCGGUGUCACGUGGUGGACAUUCCAUUACACUGGUCGGUUCCCGAGUUUUUGUUUUUGGUGGUGAAGAUAAGAACAGGAGGCUGCUGAAUGAUCUGUAUAUGCUUGAUCUUGAGACAAUGACUUGGGAUUUGCUAGAGACAACGCAGACACGCCCAGUUCCAAGAUUUGAUCACACAGCUGCUACACAUUCUGGACGUUACCUUUUGAUUUUUGGUGGUUGUUCUCAUUCUAUCUUCUUCAGUGAUCUUCAUAUCCUUGACUUGCAAACAAUGGAGUGGUCACAGCCUCAUGUUCAGGGAGAUGCUGUAUCUCCUCGGGCAGGACACGCUGGAAUAACCAUUGACGAAAACUGGUAUAUAGUUGGGGGCGGUGAUAACAGUACCGGCUGUUUAGAGACCCUUGUUCUAAAUAUGUCGAAGCUGGUUUGGUCUACAUCAGCCUAUGUAGAAGCAAGGCAUCCACUUGCUAGUGAGGGUCUUAGUGUGUGCUCAGCAUCAGUAUUUGGCGAGAACAUCUUAGUAGCUUUUGGCGGCUAUAACGGGAAGUAUAACAACGAUAUAUUUGUCAUGAGACUUAAACCAGAAAAAUCUUCGCAUCCUAAAAUCUAUAAGUCGCCAGCAGCCGCUGCAGCUGCAGCUUCCGUCACUGCUGCUUACGCCAUAGCCAAGUCAGAUAAGUCAGACUAUCCUCCGCCUGCAAAGCCAACUCUCAAUGGAAUAGGAAACAAUUCCUCGGAGAGAGAUAUUAGGACCAGAAUCGAUACCAUUAAAGAAGAAAAAGGAAAAUUGGAGUCAUCUGUUGCAGAAACCCAAGUAGAAAACUCGAAGCUAAGGGAAAAGAUAGAUGAAGUCAAUAGCAGCCACGCUGAACUAUCUCAAGAACUACAAUCUGUACAAGGUCAACUUAUUUCAGAACGGUCAAGAUGCUUUAAACUUGAGGCACAAAUAGCGGAAUUACAGAAAGCAUUGGAGUCAGGACAAUCCAUUGAAGCCGAAGUUGAGAUGCUUAGAAGACAGAAGUCAGCAUUUGAAGAAGGAGAAGACGGGACCGUACGAAGGCAAGGCUCUGGUGGUGUGUGGGGUUGGAUUGCAAGGUAA